AUGUCGUAUAAGGAGAAAUUGCCAACUGAAGUUUAUCCAGGACAGCUCAUAUGUCCUUUAUAUCAUACUGAGGAAGAUUCGGGGUCAGCUGUAGUGUACAGGUUUGUUCCUGGACCUGGUGUAAUGAUACAAAAAUAUACAGUAAACGGGCAACCAAUACAAGUAUUGUCUGCUACACUACUAGGAACAGUGAAAAUUAAUGAAGAAAGCAUUAAAAAUGAUGACAGCGAUGAAAAGCCAUCUUCAGCUACAUUAAAUGUAAAUUCUGAAAAGGACGGGAAGGAUGGGCCUAACGAAGAGAAGAAUAGGCUUCUGAAGAACAUUAUUAUAUCAGUGUCCAGUCGAUCUUCCGAAAAUGAUUCAACGGAUAUAGUUGUUGACGAUGACUUUGCUAACCAUCUACCAAAAGAAGGCGAUAUUGUCUUGACAAGGGUAACCAGAAUUUCUUUGCAACGGGCCAAUGUUGAAAUUCUAGCUGUUGAAAAUAACGCUUCACCAAUUGAUUCGGGAUGCGGUAGCAAAGGCUCCAAUCCUCUGGCACCGAAGGGUGGUAGUACAAGUUUUUCCAUUUCUCAGGCUUCUUCAGAUCUUGGUGAGACGUUUCGGGGAGUAAUACGGGCACAGGAUGUUCGGGCCAGUGACCGCGAUCGUGUUAAGAUUACAGAAUCAUUCAAACCUGGUGACAUCGUUAGAGCUCAAGUUUUAUCCCUUGGAGAUGGUUCGAAUUACUACAUGACCACUGCAAGAAACGAUCUAGGUGUCGUAUUUGCAAAGGCCAGCAAUGGCGCUGGUGAACUAAUGUACGCAAUAGACUGGGAAACAAUGAUAGCACCCUCUACCGGUACCGCAGAAUUACGCAAAUGUGCUAAGCCGUUUUAG